AUGGAAGCGGUUCGAGAAGGAAAUUGGUAUCUCUCUAGUGCUAGGUCUGAUACUAUCCAAAACCUCCAGAUUUUGCUGACUACAAUGGCGAUCCCGGCUGAGGAAAGAGGCCCGGAUGUUUUCUUGUGGAGGUCGGCAGCCGGCAACUACUUGCCUUCUUUCUCGUCAAAAGGAACCUGGGAACAACUGUGGCAGAAAACACAGACAGUCCCUUGGUCUGAUGUCGUCUGGUUCCAUCAAACCAUACCAAGGACAUCUUUCACUCUGUGGCUUGUCUUCUUGAGUCGUCUACCCACGCGUGAUCGUUUGCGAGUGUGGGGAAUGAAUGUUCAAGCCAUCUGCCCUCUAUGCUCUCUUGAGAAAGAAUCCCAUGGCCAUCUCUUCUUCUCAUGCUCCUACUCGGCGGCCCUGUGGAACUUGUUCGCUUUGCCCAUCUACGGCUAA